AUGACCAUAGUACUUCGGUUGCAGGGUCUGAACAUUGAGGCCGGGACUGAAGACAUACGCAGAUUAUUUACCAACUUGUACAUCCCAGAAGGUGGUGUAUACAUUAUAGGAGGACACCUUGGUGAAGCGUUCAUUGUGUUCACUACAAAGAGAGAUGGCCAGCAUGCAAUGCGGCGCUCUGGAACUAUUCUUCGAGGGUCUCAGGUGACCCUACAUAUUAGUAGCAUCGCAGAACUGCAACGAAAAAUGGAGUCCAAACUACAGAGGGAGAAGCUCCUUCCAGCGCUGUUACCUGAAAAUAAGACUUUGCCGCCCCCGGAAGCGCUCUUGCCCGACCCUGUCACAGCCCUACUGAUCGGCCUUGUUGCUGCUAUCCAAGGACUGCAGUCUAAUCAGCCAGGAGAGCACAACAAUGCGGCAGCAGCACCUGGUCCUGUGCUCAGGGUCGAUAGCACAGCUGUGCCUGUGGGUGAGGUAAGGAGACCAGAGGAGGCUUACAGGCCAAGGCCAGGCUACGUCAGGCUCUUUGGCCUGCCAAAGACUGUCACCAGGCAGGAGAUCUGCCACUUCUUCAAAGGCCUGUUGGUCCAGGAUGUGAUAGCUAAUGUGAAGCUGGGCAUGAGCCAUGGCUGCCUCGUAAAGUUUGGGCAUGCCCAGGACGCAUGUGACGCUCUGAGCUUCAACCACCAGCGACUGGGCCGCAUCAGUGUGGAGGUCCGUGGGGCCUCUGAGGAAUUGUGGCGCUAUGCCAUCCAGCAGUGUCAGAACCCUUCAUAUGACCCCUUGGAAAACCCCUUGUAUAGCCCCACAACCCAGAAAGAUAGAACCUCGUACAAAUCCCAAGAAAUACCCUCGUAUACAAUCCAGAGAGAUGGACCCUCAUUAGAAUCAAAGGAAAUGCAGCACCAAACCCAGGAAAGGGCAAGGCCCUCAUACAGAACCCAAAGACAAAGCUUGUAUGAGCCUGACAGAGAAACACCCAUGACCUGGGCCAAGAGGCUCUCCGAGGACCGGUCGCUGUCACGGUCACCCAAGAGGCCCAGAUCCUGUGAGUCCCUUUCGCCGAGCGUGGAGUACUGUAUCAUGGCGCAAAAUCUAUCCAAAACAAUAACGAAGACUGAGAUAAAAGAAUUGUUUGGCUGUCCGAACAUCGCCAACAGCAAAAUAUUACACUUACUGAAUAAGGAUAGCCAGAGGACAGAUACAGCGUUUGUAGUAUUCGACCAAACGGAAGACUACAUUUAUGCUUUGAACCUGAACGGCUGCCAUGUUGGUUCCCAGGCCAUAGAUGUUUCCUCCGUCACCAAGGAGAAGAUGCAAGCCAUGUUGUCAACUGAAAGACACCAUGGCAACCCCAAGACAACGCCAAAGGUGUCAGAGCGAAGCGAGGAGGAGAAACAUCAGAUUGAGAGACCCAGGGUGAGUCAGUUUCCCACAGGACAGACAUGUGUUUACAUACGAAACCUCCAAUCAGAUGUGACGAAAAUGGAAAUCAGAGAUUUUUUCUGCGAGCUCCCUCUGGCUGAGCAGUUUAUCUACAUACUGCAUGAUCAAGAAGGCAACGGCAUCGGUGAGGCCGUGGCUCAGUUUAAAACUGAGGAUUUUGCUACACGGGCCCAGAAACAACAUGGCAAGACAUACAUGGGGACCAGAGUGCUUCUCACCUGUAUCAGCUUCCAGCAGAUGGAGGACAUAUUGAAAAAGAAUCCAUGAGGAAAGACAACCUACUCAUAUUUACAUUUUUGUCAUUUAGUAGACGCACUUAUCCAGAGCGACUUACAAGUGCAUACAUUUUCAUACUUUUUCCCCCUACUACUUCCCCCGUGGGAAUCGAACCCACAACCCUGGCGUUGCAACGGUCAUGCUCUACCAACUGAGACAUACUGGACAACUGUUGACCAGAGCCACAUGGGGAUCUGGUCAGAAGUAGUGGACUAUAUGAGGGAUAGGGUGUCAUCUGAGAUAGGCCCUUAAACUCCAAAGAUGGCACUUUAGGACUGAGCUUGUCACUGGAAUGAGCAUCUUUGAGUCGUAGUGGAUUUGGGAAGUGUUACAACCCCAUACCCUUCAGUCAUCAACAGUUACAUUUGGACAGCAAGUCUUCACUGGAUAUGCAGUCUGGAUGUGAGUCAAUAUCCAUUCACUGUUACUGAAUGAUUCCAACUUUAAUUUCAAGACCUCCCAUGGUACAGAGGCCCUUAAUAUGUACAGUGGGGAGAACAAGUAUUUGAUACACUGCCGAUUUUGCAGGUUUUCCUACUUAAAAAGCAUGUAGAGGUCUGUAAUUUUUAUCAUAGGUACACUUCAACUGUGAGAGACGGAAUCUAAAACAAAAAUCCAGAAAAUCACAUUGUAUGAUUUGUAAGUAAUUAAUUUGCAUUUUAUUGCAUUACAUAAGUAUUUGAUACAUCAGAAAAGCAGAACUUAAUAUUUGGUACAGAAACCUUUGUUUGCAAUUACAGAGAUCAUACUUUUCCUGUAGGUCUUGACCAGGUUUUCACACACUGCAGCAGGGAUUUUGGCCCACUCCUCCAUACAGACCUUCUCCAGAUCCUUCAGGUUUCGGGGCUGUCGCUGGGCAAUACGGACUUUCAGCUCCCUCUAUUGGGUUCAGGUCUGGAGACGGGCUAGGCCACUCCAGGACCUUGAGAUGCUUCUUACGGAGCCACUGCUUAGUUGCCCUGGCUGUGUGUUUCAGGUCGUUGUCAUGCUAGAAGACCCAGCCACGACCCAUCUUAUAUAAUAUAAUAUAUAUAAUAUGCCAUUUAGCAGACGCUUUUAUCCAAAGCGACUUACAGUCAUGCGUGCAUACAUUUUUUUUUGUGUAUGGGUGGUCCCGGGGAUCGAACCCACUACCUUGGCGUUAUAAGCGCCGUGCUCUACCAGCUGAGCUACAGAGGACCACAUCUUCAAUGCUCUUACUGAGGGAAGGAGGUUGUUUGCCAAGAUCUCGCGAUAUAUGGCCCCAUCCAUCCUCCCCUCAAUAUGGUGCAGUCGUCCUGUCCCCUUUGCAGAAAAGCAUCCCAAAAGAAUGAUGUUUCCACCUCCAUGCUUCACGGUUGGGAUGGUGUUCUUGGGGUUGUACUCAUCCUUCUUCUUCCUCCAAACAUGGCGAGUGGAGUUUAGACCAAAAAGCUCUAUUUUUGUCUCAUCAGACCACAUGACCUUCUCCCAUUCCUCCUCUGGAUCAUCCAGAUGGUCAUUGGCAAACUUCAGACGGGCCAGGACAUGCGCUGGCUUGAGCAGGGGGACCUUGCGUGCGCUGCAGGAUUUUAAUCCAUGACGGCGUAGUGUGUUACUAAUGGUUUUCUUUGAGACUGUGGUCCCAGCUCUCUUCAGGUCAUUGACCAGGUCCUGCCGUGUAGUUCUGGGCUGAUUCCUCACCUUCCUUAUGAUCAUUGAUGCCCCACGAGGUGAGAUAUUGCAUGGAGCCCCAGACCGAGGGUGAUUGACCGUCAUCUUUAACUUCUUCCAUUUUCUAAUAAUUGUGCCAACAGUUGUUGCCUUCUCACCAAGCUGCUUGCCUAUUGUCCUGUAGCCCAUCCCAGCCUUGUGCAGGUCUACAGUUUUAUCCCUGAUGUCCUUACACAGCUCUCUGGUCUUGGCCAUUGUGGAGAGGUUGGAGUCUGUUUGAUUGAGUGUGUGGACAGGUGUCUUUUAUACAGGUAACGAGUUCAAACAGGUGCAGUUAAUACAGGUAAUGAGUGGAGAACAGGAGGGCUUCUUAAAGAAAAACUAACAGGUCUGUGAGAGCUGGAAUUCUUACUGGUUGGUAGGUGAUCAAAUACUUAUGUCAUGCAAUAAAAUUCUAAUUAAUUACUUUAAAAUCAUACAAUGUGAUUUUUUGGAUUUUUGUUUUAGAUUCCGUCUCUCACAGUUGAAGUGUACCUAUGAUAAAAAUUACAGACCUCUACAUGCUUUGUAAGUAGGAAAACCUGCAAUAUCGGCAGUGUAUCAAAUACUUGUUCUCCCCACUGUAUAUAAUACCAAUGGAUGUAUGCAGCAAAUCAUUCUACACCUGCAGGAUGACUAAAUGCAUUUCAAAGUGUGUGACAAUGUUUGAAAACCAGCAACAGUAUAUUAGACUAUCUACAGGACAGCAUUUCAUUUGUCUUCUGACAUUCCUUAUUGUUUAUUUCUUUAUUGGAAUCAUAUUACACAGAAAUGACUCUUUAUGAAACAUUGUCAAUAUUUUUUUCACUAAUUAAAUGUUACCAAAACUACCUGAUUUUGAUUCAAACUCAUUUUAUUUAUUAUUAAACUGUUUUCAAUUUCUAGUAUGAUAGUAUGUCAUUUCACUGCUUUUGAUAUGGUAGAUUUAAGGUCAUAACUUGAGCCAGCAACAUUUCUCACACAGCUGGAGAAGCAUAGACGGCACCCCUGAGAGCCAGUUAAUUUUUUGUUACCUACUAACUCUGUUGGCUCAGAUAAAAUACUACUCCUGGAAUCCCCUGGGUGAUGCACAGUUCCAGUUUUACAGCAAAGGAACAAAAGCCACCAUACAGUGCAUUCAGAAAGUAUUCUAAAAUGGAUUAAAUACAUUUCCCCCCUCAUCAAUCUACACACUAUCCCUUAAAGACAAAGCGAAUAGUUUUUUAGAAAUGUUUGCAAAUGUAUUAAAAAUAAACAGAAAUACCUUAUUUACAUAAGUACUCAGACCCUUUGCUAUGAGACUUGAAAUUGAGCUCAGGUGCAUCCUGUUUCCAUUGAUCAUCCUUGAUGUUUCUGCAACUUGUUUGGAGUCCACCUGUGGUAAAUUCAAUUGAUUGGACAUGAUUGGGAAAGGCACACACCUGUCUAUAUCAGAUCCCACAGUUGACAUUGCAUGUCAGAGCAAAAAGCAAGUCAUGAGGUCGAAGGAAUUGUCUGUUGAGCUCCAAGGCAGGAUUGUGUCGAGACACAGAUCUGGGGAAGGGUACCAAAACAUUUCUGCAGCAUUGAAGGUCCCCAAGAACACAGUGGCCUCCAUCAUUCCUAAAUGGAAGAAGUUUGGAACCACCAAGACUCUUCCUAGAGCUGGGCAGAAGGGCCUUGGUCAGGGAGGUGACCAAGAACCCGAUGGUCACUCUGACAGAGCUCCAGAGUUCCUCUGUGGAGAUGGGAGAAUCUUCCAGAACCCCAACCAUCUCUGCAGCACUCCACCAUUCAGGCCUUUAUGGUAUAGUGGCCAGAUGGAAGACACUCCUCAGUAAAAGGCAGAUGACAGCCUUUUGCCAAAAGGCACCUAAAGGACUCUGACCAUGACAAAAAUAUUAUCUGGUCUGAUGAAACCAAGAUUGAACUCUUUGGCCUGAAUGCUAUCUGUCUAUCUCUGUUCUCUCCUCUCCGCACAGGCCAUACAAACGCUUCACACGGCGUGGCUGCAGAAACUCUAAUCUGGUGGUCCCUGCGCGCACGACCCAGGUGGAGUUCCAGGUCUCCGGUAGCCUCUGGAACUGCCGUUCUGCGGCCAACAAGGCAGAGUUAAUCUCAGCCUAUGCCACCCUCCAGUCCCUCGACUUCUUGGCGCUGACGGAAACAUGGAUUACCACAGAAAACAUUGCUACUACUCUUUCCUCGUCUGAUCAUGUGUUCUCGCAUACCCCGAGAGCAUCUGGUCAGCUUGGUGGCACAGGAAUCCUCAUCUCUCCCAAGUAGACAUUCUCUCUUUUCCCCCUGACCCAUCUGUCUAUCUCCUCAUUUGAAUUCCAUGCUGUCACAGUCACUAGCCCAUUCAAGCUUAACAUCCUUGUCAUUUAUCGCCCCCCAUCCAAUCCUCAUUUAUUAAGUCAAAUGACACCGCUGGUCCUGCUCACACUGCCCUACACUAUGCUUUGACUUCUUUCUCCCCUCUCUCUCCAGAUGAAAUCUUGCGACUUGUGACGGCCGGCCGCCCAACAACCUGCCCGCUUGACCCUAUCCCCUCUCUUCUCCAGACCAUUUCCGGAGACCUUCUCCCUUACCUCACCUCGCUCAUCAACUCAUCCUUGUCCGCUGGCUAUGUCCCUUCCAUCUUUAAGAAAGCGAGAGUUGCACCCCUCCUAAAAAACCUACACUCGAUCCCUCCGACGUCAACAACUACAGACCAGUAUCCCUUCUUUCUUUUCUCUCCAAAACUCUUGAGCGUGCCGUCUAUAGCCAACUCUACUGCUAUCUCUCUCAGAAUGACCUUCUUGAUCCAAACCAGUCAGGUUUCAAGACUGGUCAUUCAACUGAGACUGCUCUUCUCUGUGUCACGGAGGCUCUCCGCACUGCUAAAGCUAACUAUCUCUCUUCUGCUCUCAUCCUUCUAGACCUAUCUGCUGCCUUUGAUACUGUGAACCAUCAGAUCCUCCUCUCCACCCUCUCAGAGUUGGGCAUCUCCGGCACGGCUCACUAUUGGAUUGCGUCCUACCUGACAGGUCGCUCCUACCAGGUGGCGUGGCGAGAAUCUGUCUCCGCACCACGUGCUCUCACCACUGGUGUCCCCCAGGGCUCAGUUCUAGGCCCUCUCCUAUUCUCUCUAUACACCAAGUCACUUGGCUCUGUCAUAUCUUCACAUGGUCUCUCCUAUCAUUGCUACGCAGACGACACACAAUUAAUCUUCUCCUUUCCCCCUUCUGAUAACCAGGUGGCGAAUCGCAUCUCUGCAUGUCUGGCAGACAUAUCAGUGUGGAAGUCGGAACACCACCUCAAGCUGAACCUCGGCAAGACGGAGCUGCUCUUCCUCCCGGGGAAGGACUGCCCGCUCCAUGAUCUCGCCAUCACGGUUGACAACUCUGUUGUCCUCCUCCCAGAGUGCAAAGAACCUUGGCGUGACCCUGGACAACACCCUGUCGUUCUCCGCUAACAUCAAAGCAGUGACCCGAUCCUGUAGGUUCAUGCUCUACAACAUUCACAGAGUACGACCCUACCUUACACAGGAAGCGGCACAGGUCCUAAUCCAGGCACUUGUCAUCUCCCAUCUGGAUUACUGCAACUCGCUGUAGGCUGGGCUCCCUGCCUGUGCCAUUAAACCCCUACAGCUCAUCCAGAACGCUGCAGCCCGUCUGGUGUUCAACCUUCCCAAGUUCUCUCACAUCACCCCGCUCCUCCGUACACUCCACUGGCUUCCAGUUGAAGCUCACAUCUGCUACAAGACCAUGGUGCUUGCCUACGGAGCUGUGAGGGGAACGGCACCUCCUUACCUUCAGGCUCUGAUCAGUCCCUACAUCCAAACGAGGGCAUUGCGUUCUUCCACCUCUGGCCUGCUGGUCCCCCUACCUCUGCGGAAGCACAGUUCCCGCUCAGCCCAGUCAAAACUGUUCGCUGCUCUGGCAACCCAAUGGUGGAACAAGCUCCCUCACGACGCCAGGACAGCGGAGUCACUGACCACCUUCCGGAGACACUUGAAACCCUACCUCUAAGGAAUACCUGGGAUAGUAUAAAAGUAAUCCUUCUAACCCCCCCCCUAUGAACGGAGCAAAGUAGAGCGAUCCUUGAUGAAAACCUGCUCCAGAGCGCUCAGGAACUCAGACUGGGGCAAAGGUUCACCUUCCAACAGGACAACGACCCAAAGCACACAGCCAAGACAACACAGGAGUUGCUUCGGGAAAAGUCUCAAUGUCCUAGAGUGGCCCAGCCAGAGACCGGACUUGAAUCCGAUCAAAUAUCUCUGGAGAGACCUGAAAAUAGCUAUGCAGUGACGCUCCCCAUCCAACCUGACAGAGCUUGAGGGGGAUCUACAGAGAAGAAUGGGAGAAACUCCCCAAAUACAGGCAUACCAAGCUUGUAGCGUCAUACCCAAGGCUGUAAUUGCUGGGAAAGGUGCUUCAACAAAGUACUGAGUAAAGGGUCUCAAUACUUAUGGAAAUGUGAUAUUUUUUAAAUGUUUAAUACAUUUGCAAACAUUUCCAGAAACCUGUUUUUGCUUUGUCAUUAUGGGGUAUUGUGUGUAGAUUGAUGAGAACUAUUUAAUCCAUUAUAGAAUAAGGCUGUAAUGUAACAAAAUGUGGAAAAAGUGAAGGGGUCUGAAUACUUCCCGAAUGCACAGUACAUCCUGGGAUUGCGUUCAGGCCCAGCCAAUCAGAAUGAGUUUUAAGACAGAAACACAGCUGUCGGGGUGCCUGGUCUCAGAUGAUCCCGCAGGUGUAGCCGGAUGUGGAGAAAACGAGGAUGACCAACUUAAACAGCAUUCAGUACGUCAGUAACCCUUUUACCUCCAAACAUAUUUUUCCCUAAACAUUUGACACUUAUUCUCUCAAACGUAAUUUCUAAACACAACACAAGAUAUAUCCAAGAAACCCCAGUAAAAUAUUUACCAAAAUCACAUACGAAUACAGACAAUGGUUAAAACUAAAAGUCAAACUUUGGUCUAACCUAUUAAUGUCAAAAGAAAAGUUAUUAUAAAAACAAAGUCUGCACUAAUAAGUACACAAUUGUUUAAGAGUUUCUGCUUUGAAGGAAAAUUAUAACUAUAAAAAAAAACAAAUCCUCUGUUCAGUGGCUAGACAGACAGCUGCAGACCCCAUGGACUCUCAGGGUAUAUCUUGGGGGGGUGAGGCGGAGGUGGUGGAUGGGUUACCCCAGGAAGAUGGUUGUGUCACGUGGGGAUGGAUCAGUUAGUUGUAGUACCUGGAUGGACCAUCAGAGUAUCUGGAAGGGCCUGCAGAGAGGAGAUAAAAUAGAUGACUGAUGUACUGUAGAUUAUUUCUGAACAAAACUACAGCCAUUAAAAGGCUGGACGUGUGUGUAUUUAAUUUGUUGACCGAGGCUGUGCGUACCGGAGAGGUUCCCAGAGAGGCCACCUGAGAAGCGGUCACUACCGCUAGACAUUCUGGGUGAAUCGGAGUAGCUCAUGGAGCCCAGCGACGAACUGCUCUUCAUACUAGGACCCUGCUGGAGACACAAACGCACAUACACUGAAUAAAGAACAACAUCAAAGGCGACCAACUACUGAGGAAUUCUUUGUGGUUUCCUGAAUCACAUCAUCUACCUUACAUCUAUGGGAGUACAAUAGGAACAGGUUUAGCCACAGUAAGGAGGAGGUGGGAUGUUAGGAUGCAUUUGGGGAGAGAACACAGAAGGUUCUAGAGCACUACCCUGUAAUGCCAUAAUCAACAGCAAUAAAUCAGUGACUGAACACACAGCCAGACAGGAAGUGGGUUACAGGGCUCUGUAUCAAGUCUGCCAUUUACCCUCACGUCACCAGUUCCUGUUGCAGGAAGCACCUGAGAGCUGCAUGUUACACUGGUACUGCAGCUGACAUAGAGCGUGGUGUGUGUGUGCGUUGCAUACCGAGGAAACACUCCUAAGUCUGUAGUCCAUCAGGACGUCUGUCAGCUUCUGUGUCACCUUCAGUACGAUCUGAGCAUCGCCCUCAUUCUCGAUCUGGAAAUUGUCCUACACACAGGAAUCAGACACUCAACACACAGCACGUUUAAAUAACACGAGAAAGCGUAGUCUCACACAAGUGGUUCCACCCACCAGGUAUUUGAGCAGUGUAGAGGGAAGGCUGCUGCUUUCUGGUACUGCUCCCAUCAACCCCUGACCUGAUCCAUUCCCCAUCUGUCCCCCUCUGAACUCCUCAGGGUAGCGGCUUCCCGGACUCUCCCCCAACAGCCCACCCUGGCCAAAGCCCCCGUCCCUUCCCCCUCCCAGCCCAAAGCCAUCGGCUGAACCACCCAGCCUCUGACCCCCUAUAUUGUCAGGGUAGCCUCGGAAGCUGGAGCGAGACAGGGGGUCAGAGUAGCCCCCCAUACCACCCAUGGGGUAGUCGAGGAGGCCGUCUUGGAGAGGGAACUCCCCUGGGAACAGAGGCUCUGCAAACCUGCCACCUGGAGGGAGACAAAAUAAUGCAUUUGGACUAGUAAACAACACUGCAUCCCAACAUACCCCAGUCAAGCUCACAACAAAAGUCUUAUCACCUCAGUAAUCUCUGUUAACCCGGAAGUAAAAUCUUGUGUAAUUUGGUCAGCUGCGUGAUUAACUUCUGUAUUUAUACGCGUUAGAAAUUGAGAGUUACGACAAAAGGAUGUCUCAACCCUAGCAAAUGGAAACUCUCAACUAAAGCCCGCCUCAACGCGCAAAGGACUCGAGGCAAAGCAGUUUAAGCACCGCCUUCGCCCAAUCCCGAUACGGACAAAUAACCAGUGACGAAAAACACAAAACCGGAACUAAUGCUGCUCGGAUCUCACGCAUCCCAUUCAGUCCUUGCAGAUUAUCUCGGUCUACAUUCAGAAUCUGCCCACGGGAGAUUAUCACCUUCCACUUCUCCCCACACACGCUCUCACCUGGUUUUGGUCCUCUAGGUUCCCAUCCCUCCUGGAGGCCCCAUGUUGGGGAUUGCUGAACCUGUGAUGACAGGGAGAGACGUCAGAACCACAGUACAUCUAAAAGCAGACUGAGCACAACGAGAUUCAGGCAUACAAUAACUUGAGAAUAAACAGAAAGACGUACGUAGUCCUGCGAACGCUUGGACCUCACUGGGCUCCUUCAGAAUCACCUGAAAGAUCAUACAGAAUCAAGUCAAUAACCAACAGCAAUAUAUUUCCCCCUGACGCAUCUCAACAGUCUGCCGUGUCUUCUCUUCCUCUCCCCCUUCUCACCUUUAGCUGUCCCCUGCCCUCUCCCCCUUCUCACCUUUAGCUGUCCCCUGCCCUCUCCCCCUUCUCACCUUUAGCUGUCCCCUGCCCUCUGCCUUCUCCAGCUCUGCUGCUGCUUCUUUCACCUUCUUCCUCACUUCAUGGUCCUUUGUGGCAGCAUUCUCCGCAAAGGGCAUCUUGGCAGAA